AUGCCGCUGACAUUAUCCGAACCCACUCGAGACAGUAGGAGUCCAAUGAAGUCUGUUCCACCAUCGGAGUGGAGCGUCGAAGAAGUCAUUGACUGGCUGAAGUCCAAGGGCUUUGGCCAGGACGUCUGCGAUAAGUUCACAGAACAAGAGAUUACCGGCGAUGUCCCGUUCGAACUCGACCUUAACCUCCUCCAGACCGAAAUCGGGAUCGUCGCAUUUGGAAAGCGUAUGCGCAUUGCCAAUGCUAUCGCCGAACUACGACGUCUUCCAUCGAUCAUCUUAUCCGACGCUCAGUCGUCCCAACAUGCCCAGUCCUUAAAGCACUCUCAUUCUUACUCCUCACAUUCGCGUUCUGGCUCGACGCAUCAGUCGCUGAACAGCCCCAUGUUCGCGACCACCAUGAGUUCAGCUAUCGCUGCGCCGAACUCAGCGCCGAUAGUCCAGCUGCAGACGCGAGCCACUUCAUAG